AUGUUUUUAUUUCAGCUACAUUUAUGCUUUGAAAAUGUAAAUAAUCAAAAUGUAAAAAUGAAUGUAGGCUGUUAUUAUCUGGAAAGAAUGACAGCCAAAGCAGUGUCAGAUUUGACGGCUUAUCGUCCAUAUCCAUCAGAUGGCGGCUGUAAAUGGUUCGGCACGGCUCCAUUUUGUAAUGGGCAUUGCCAAGCAGAAUAUGAUUACAUUAGAAACAGUAAUGGACGUUGUAGUAAUUGGUGGUUUUCUGGAGUAUGCAAACCGGAUCCAAGUUUUGGCGAACCAUGCAGCACUUUUUUUGGUGGAACUUUCAAAAAACGAUUUUGUUGCAAAAGUGAUCCAUCAGAAUGUACAUGGAGCGGUCGUUGGAUGGGUGCCUUUAGUGCACACAAUAUUUAUUGUCGCUAUGAUAACCAUGGUCAUUGUGGUCAUCUGGAUUGUUCUGUGAAUCAUUUUACAUACCAGGCUCAGAAUGAUACUGAUAUAGUAGGAUAUCAUUGCGAUCAACUUUUUCUCUUUGGUUUGAGAGGUAAAGCAACAUGUGGUUAUAUUGCAUGGUUUGAUAAUGAUGGAAUACUUGUCGACAGUUGGUACAAGACUAAAUAA